UAUGAAGAUACACACGACUCCGACCCGGACCAUCCUAAAGAGCCGAACUACAAGGUAGCCCCGGGAGCGCGCGGCCCCUGGCGCCGGGGGAACUGGGCAUGCUCAGUCGCCAGGCAGCGUUCUCAGCGAAGUGCAAACUCCAGCGGCCACUCCUGGGCUGGGCGCACGGCGGUAGGCGUGCCCUCGCGCAAUUUAGAAGGCCACCUCAGCCAAUAGGGCGUCGCAACUGGCUGGCGGGGCUCGUGAUUGGAGGCCGCGGAGGCGGGGCGACGAAGGCCCUGCGCGGGAGCGGCGGCGCGCUGGGUGGCGUCCAGGGGCGCGCAGUCCCAGGCGGUAGCAGUCCUUGGCGCCGACCCGACGGUCACUAUGCCGAAGAGAAAGCCCACAAGACGGUCUGCCCGAUUGUCCACGAUCAGCCUGACUGGUGGAGGAUUUUGGUAAAAUUUGUGCAGCCCCAGCUGCCCACUGAGAGGAGCAGAGACCUUAACAUCUUGGCUGACAGUGUAUCUCCCCAUGCUAGAAACCUGCUCCACCAAAACCUGAACCUAAACCAAGAAAAGCAUCUACUAAGAAAGAACCUGGAACAAAGAUUAACAGAGGCGCUAAAGGGAAGAAGGAAGAAAAGCAGGAAGCUGGAAAGGAAGGUACUACACCGUCUGAGAAUGGUGAAACUAAAGCUGAAGAGAUCCACAUCUCUCGCUCAGCUGUUAGUGUCUCAGCCUCCAGAAGUACCCCACCCAGCACCCUGUCAGUAAAGGGGCAGAUUGAAACAGUCAGAGUUAAGGGCACAGAAAACUGAAUCUGUAGAUAAAGAGAGAGAAUAAAUUGUCAAAAAAAAGUUGGGGGUGAUUUUACCUCUUGGGACACCUUUUAAAAGCUAUUUUUACCAAGUAUUUUGUAAAUGCUAAUUUUUUAGGACUCUACUAGUUGACAUACAAACUAUAUAAGGAUGGACAUUUUACCCUGUCCUAGUCAUGUUUUUUGGAAGUUGUCAUUAUCAAGUAAAAUAAACGCCAUCUUAAUAUUGGAAGCUGUGUAUAAAACUGAUUGAACAGUCUAUGCACCUUCUUUAAGAAUUUAGUCCUGUGCAUAUUGUGUUUUUACUGUGCAUAUUUGAAUUUUUCAUGCAAUUUUUCUAGAGCAAUAAUCACUGGUGCUUUUGUACCUAGGUUUUAUGUGACUUUAAUGAAACAUGGAUAGUUGUGGCCACCUGCUGACUAUUUGUGGUUUAAAAUAAAAGGUUUUCUUGUCUGCAAAA